UGUGCCCCGGCCGGGAACGGCACCGCCGGGGCCCGCAGGAAAGACAGGCUGCGAGCUCGCCUCUGCCGCCCCGAGCCACUGCAGAUAAGAUUUUGAUCCAUGCACUAAUAAAAGCUCUGUCCACAACCGGCAAAGCAAUGGCAUUGAUAUUCUACAUAAACUGGAUAUGGAGACUACAAAAAAGUGCAAACUGCCAGACUGGAUGAAAGCCCAAAUGAAUAAUUCAUUUGCAGAUGCAUUAGGCUGUAGCACAGAUGCAACUGAAGAGGAAGAAGAUUACUUAGUUUAUGAUGGAGAUGUAGGAAUAGGCUGUAAAUACAACAAUAACUCAGAGAAUUUGAAUGCCUGUAGUUGUACAAGAGAUAUUUCUGGUAUUUUAAACUUAGCCUGUUCUGAAGAUAACAAAAACAUAAAAGCAGCAGCCAAUUAUGAAACUCCUCUACAGCCUGAAGAAUUCUCCAGUCAUCACAGAGGCACCAGAGGAACAACUGCAGUUCCAAUUGAAAUGCCUGGAAGCAAAGCUUCCUUUCAGCAGGAAUUACCUGUUGGCAGUGCCAGUAAAGCAGGCAGCAGAGAACAUGGAACUACCUCCAAGAUGUCCACGGUCCUCCUGCGUCAUUUUUCUAGGGGAGAAUUACUAAGCACAUGCCCCUUAAUUGAAUGUGAGACAAUACCGGAGGUGUCCUUUACUGAAAGUAUCGAUGACACCGGGAGCAAACCUGAGCCUUCAGAGCACAGCAGAGGCUCUUUAGUGUAUGAACAAUGGGCAGCCAGCUCUGAGGAGUAUCCCUUAGAAAAGCACAAAGAAGUACAGGCUCAUGACAAAAAUGGAAACUCAUUAAAUGGGAAUAGAUCUGUUUCAAAGAAAUCUAUUUUUUCUUCUGGACAAUGUGGGUGCAGACAAGAAUUUUCACAAGUGGUUAAUGAGGCUGGAGAUACACACACCUUUCAAAACAUGAAAGAUGAGAGAGCCCUGUUUAAGAGAACAGUUUCACCUUGUGAGCUCAAAUAUGGCCAAGGGCAAGCUCACUAUUGCCUUCCUGACUUCUCUGACACUGCUUCAGAAGUUCAAGUACCAAAAAAACCUGACAAUAUUACCUCAGUUCCUUCAACUGCAAGAGAAAAACCCUUGCCUAUUUUGCAAAGUAAAUCAGUACCUAUGAACAACAUUUUGGAAAAUAAGAAUCACUUCAAUUCUGCUGAAGUAGAGAACCAAGAAGAAAGGAGUAUUUCAGAACUGCUGCAACAGCUACAGAUGCUGACGCAGCAUGCUGACAUCCAGAAUCAUAUUGACCAUCUGACAUUUAAUGCUAAGAUACUUCCUCAGUCAGACUUUGCAAAUGCCAACAUUGCCAUUUCCUCAGGACACACUGGGACACCACCUGAUGUCAUCACAUUACGUGCUCCUGUCCCUGUACAACCUACACAUGGUUUGCUUAAAGCAAGACUGCAGCCUGGAACAGCAGCAUCAGCACUACCAGCAGCUGGGACAGUAAAAGCACAGUGUCUGAAUCCUUCUGAUUCACUGCCAGAACUAACACUAGGAGAAAAGAUGUCCCAAAUACUGAAGGAUCAGACAGAGCAACUGACUAAGAAAGUGGAAGACUUCUCUAAACAUAUGAUCCAGGAAACACUCUUUUUACAAGACAAAUAUCUGGCAUUAAAUCAACUGAAAAGAUACCUUGAUGCCUUGGAAAGAAAUUAUUUAAAAGCUAGAGAAGAGCACCACAACUUACACCUGCAGAACUACAAGGACAAGCCUAUCAACCUUGGAGAGUUUGAUCCUGAGAGAAGGGUGGAAGGAGGAAUAUUCAGACUUGGCAUGCUGCUUGAAGAUAUUCAGGAACAAAUGGAAGGCAGCAAAGGCAGCCUGUCAUCAUUACUGACUUCCUAUGAAUCUGCCCAGUCUUUCUGUGAGAGCCUCACAGUUUCAAGCACCGCUGAUCUCCCACAAACAAGAGGUACUGAAACUCCAUCUUUUCACAAGAAGCAUGAGGGAGAAAGAAGUAAGACAACUGAUGUAAUCCCACCAGCAAAUCAACUUUCUUUAGAAGGCAAAAAGUGCAAUCUUUGUCUGCACAUAAAUACAAAUAUCCAGGAAGAAAAAACUGGGACAUCUCCACUCUUCAUGCAGAGAAAACCAACUGAUUUAUCAGAUACCAACCUGAGCAGUGAUUCAGAAGACUUCUCAGCCUGUGAUUCUUAUAAUGACUCACAAAGCAAGGACCUUGGCAACUGUGACACUCUAAGUUACAAAUCAUUAAAUGUGAGAUUAUGUGGAGAGAAACAAGUACUUAGAUGCAGAUGCCCCAGGGGAAGCAGAGAUCAAGUAAAACUCAGGAAUUAUAAAGAGUCUGUUCAGUCUUGUACCCUGUGUAGAAGAAGGAGCUCUGGUUCAUCCUCUUAUUCACAGAAGAGAAUCUCCACUCAAAAGACUCAAAAACCCAGUCAGCCAGAUGAAGUUGUUACCAGACUUCAUGAAAGGAAAUCCUUUGUGGCUGCCAAAACCUGCUGCUCAAGCACAUGUGAUAAAAUUAUCCUUCCACAGCAAUACACACCCAGUAAGAAAUCUGCCCAAAGAAAAUCUGCAAUCAACAGAGACAGAAAUGCCAGUGAUUCCUAUUCAAAUGUUUUAAGUUCUACUCUGGAUCAUGCCAUAGAGACAGCAAACAGUUUGAAGGAAGCUACAGAGCGGAUGGUACAAGCAGUUUCAGAAGAUCUAGCUAAAGUUAAGAGAAAACAGUUUUAAUUAUCUAGUUCAAAUGCAGUACUGUUCUGCUGGUUCAGACUGAAGUGUAAGUAUCUCUGCAAAAAUCAAAUGAUGAACACAAACAUGAAAAAGUCAGCUAGAUAACUUAGUUAGCUGUUCUGUACCUAUUGGUACUAAACCAAACCAGAGCACAAAGGUAUUCCACAUUUACACUCAGUCUUACAACUGUAAAACAAAUUAUUAAUUCUACUGAAAGUCUUUAUUAGGCUGGCUAAUCCAUUAUUGUGUACAGAUACCUUCUGUAAGUACUCACUUAAGACAGCUUCAUAAAAAUUGGCUUAAAGAAGCAAAAUUAACUGACUUGGAUUUUCCCCAGUACCAAAUGUGAGAAUAAAUCUCAGUCAUUAUUACAUGUCAUUUCUUCUCACACUUCAACUGCAACUGCUUAAUCACACCAAGAGAAAACAGCCUCUGUACCUGAGACAUCUAGAAGCAAACAUUAUGUUAACAUAGCAAGUCACAGUCAACAUUUGGAAUUACUUUAGUUUUAGAGCGCCCUAUAUUGAGAGUUGUUUGUUUUUAAGAAACAUCCUUGUAUGUUGCAAUGACUGAAUUACACUGUUUGUUGUUUAUGUAUUUUGUAACAAUUAAAUUGGUUCCUUCGA